GUGUAAAAUUAUUUGACAAUGAGUGCACUAAAAUUAAAUUCUCAAAAAUAAUGUUGUCACAUUUUGUUUUCACGAAAAAUAUCAUCUCAUAAGUCAUAAUGUCCAAAAGAUAAAUCACUUCUCUAAAUGUCAAAUAAUGAAAAAUGGUCAUUUUAUAUUAUUACACACCAAUUUAUUACAUUUGCUAAGUUUAUGCACUACCAUUUUUUCUUGCAACAUAAAAUGCGUGUUAUGAAAAUUUAUCAUUAACUGUUAGUCAACGGACGUUGAAGUUUGCAAUAUACAACUUAGAGAUUUGUGUAAAAAACCUACCCUAACUAACUAAAAGGUAUGUACUGUGUACAUCUUAUCCCAAAUUGAAUUUUAGAUAAUGUACAAAAAAAUAUUGAAAGAAAAGAAUAUUAGAAUGAUCACGCAACUUGUGCAUGUGCCUCCUAUGAACCUUUCUAAAUUAAAGAGAAACAUAGGGUGGAUAAAACAUAAAAGAAAUAAUUCCCAUGCAAAUUUGUAAACUUUUUUCAACCAAUGACACAAAGAUACAGAAUCUCACCGUGAAUCUAAUUUAAAAUUAUAUUUAAAAUUCCCAAAAUUAAAAAAAAAAAAAUUAACUGUACUUGUGAAAACAGAAAGAAUGAGGAGAGGACAAAUUUUAAGGUUUAAAAAAAAAAAAAAAAUCCAGCUGGCUGAUUCAGCUGUUGUCUCUGCCCAAACGUUCUCUUCCUCUGUCUUUCAUCUCUUUUUCCUUCAUUUUCUCAUCGUUUUCCAAUCUCCUAUGAUUUCUCUUACUCUGUGAAAAUUCAAAGGGACAAAACAAGAACAACACAAAAGCAACAACAAAGGCUCUUCCUUGAAAAUUCCAUUUGAAUUUGGCUUUGUUUAAUUUCUUCAAACGCAGCAUUGUAUUUUGAUUCUGCGUCAGGGGAGGGUCCUACAUUAUCAUCAUAGAUACCCUCUUUUUCAUUCUGGAAUUGAACAUUUCAUGGGUUGUGCUGGAAAAAGGUGUCCUUAAUUAAUAUUUUGCAGCCAAAUUUUAUGAGCAUGUUCUUUCUAUCCUGGGAGGAUUUUGAGGCUAAGGGGAAGAAUUGAAUGACCUACUCAGAGACUCCGCUCUACUUGUAAUUCCGUGAAGCGGAGCUUCUCUGAGUUACAUGCUGAAACAAGAUGAUUGACCAAUUCAUCAAUUUCGUUAUUCGUCCUCCCAGGGCUGAGUAUGAUCCAGAACAGUACCUGUGGGAAAAGGAAUUCACCCUUGCCGGAAGAACAUACAUAAGGCAGGAUUUGGAGCUAAAGAACUCAAGAGGUUAUACCUUGCAGUGUAGCCAUUAUCUCCCUUCACCAUUCCCUGAAAAUGCUUCUCUUCCUUGUGUUAUAUAUUGCCAUGGAAAUAGUGGUUGUAGAGCAGAUGCCAAUGAAGCUGUCGUCGUUCUUCUUCCAUCAAAUAUUACUGUUUUUACUCUCGACUUCUCAGGGUCAGGCUUAUCUGAAGGAGAUUAUGUAAGCCUUGGUUGGCAUGAAGUAAGUAACCUCUUAAAGAUGGCAGUGUCAUAUUUAAGAAGCAACAAGCAAAUAUCAGGUAUAGGUCUCUGGGGACGAUCAAUGGGUGCCGUUACUAGCAUUCUUUAUGGAGCUGAAGACCCUUAUAUUGCUGGAAUGGUGUUGGAUAGUGCCUUUUCAAACUUGUAUACUCUGAUGAUGGAGCUCGUGGAUGUUUAUAAAAUUCGGCUUCCAAAGUUCACUGUUAAAAUGGCUGUACAAUACAUGCGGAGGGUUAUCGAAAAGAAGGCGAAGUUUGAUAUCAUGGACCUUAAACUUUUGCCGGUAUGUAUUAAUUUUGAAGCCAAAUUUUUGUUUGUUUCUUCUGUUUAUUUGAUAUGUUAUGGUGUAUUUAGACCAGUUCCAAUUUAAUAGCAUUUAUUUUCUGGCCAAACAUUUUUUUCGCCAGAGCUAUCUCCUUCGUG